CCUCUCUCUCUUCUGGUACUUGUAGUGUAUAAGCGUCUCUCUCUAUUUAUAUUCCGAUUUUCCUCGUAUCCGUCUCCCCUCCCUCCCCAAAACUAUUGCGUUCUCUUUCUGCAUUUCCUUCUAAUUCUAAUUUAUAUAUUAGUCAGAAUAAAUUAAUCACUGAAGCAAGUUAGGGUUUUGUCAUUGGUAGUUUCGACACUGCAAUCGACGUAUAGGCACAGCUUCGAGGUGAGAUGUAUCGAACAAGUGAUUUGAAUUUGAUGAAAAAGUGCGCUUCUUUUGUCAAUUCCAUGGGGUUUGAUCUCAAUUUAGGAUUAGGUUUAGGGUUUGGUUUACGUUUAGCCUUUCCCUUGUUUCUUCAAUGUGUUGAGUGGAUUAAUGUGUGAAAGGAACAGGAUGUGCGAACUUGCUCUUUUGGGUUUGGGAAAUGAUGGGAAUUUUUUGUAAUUGAGGAAAACUAUAAUCAGGGGAUCUUUUUUCUUGUUUUCUUUUGGUGGUGGAGGUGGUGGUAUUGUGUAGGUUAUUUAGGCUAUAGCUGGUGAAGAUGACGGAUGUUCGGCAACAACUUCAACAGAAGCCUGAAAGCACCACGACAGCUGAUGAUGCACGAGCUGAAUUUGAAAGGGGGUUGGAGGAGUUAAUGCGGGGGCAUUUGGACGAUUGUAUGUCAUUUGCGUCCUGCAGUUCUCCCCGAAAUACCGAGGAUGAGGAUGAUGAGGGUGAACAACUUGUGAGGAGAAGGAGAAGGUCGGAGCUUGAGGGGGAUGAUUUGGCUGAGUCAUCUGCUGCCAGGAGGCGUCACUCGCGCAUUUUGAGCCGGUGGGCUGCAAGGCAGGCGCAGGAGAUGAUUACCACUAUUGAGAGGAGGAACCGUGAAUCAGAGUUGAUUGCUCUUGCAGGUUUGCAUACAGUGUCCAUGCUUGAUUCUUCAUUCCUAAGAGAAUCACAGUCUCCAACUUCAAGGCGACAGGGAAAUGUUGAGAGGCCGAGCACUCAGGCGUCGUCUAUUUUGCAAAUGUGGCGGGAAUUGGAGGAUGAACACGUAUUGGACCGUGCUCGGGAGCGGGUCAGGGAAAGAUUGAGGCAGCAGAGGAGUGUUGGGCCUAAUACAAAUGUUUCUAGCACAAACAUGUCUGAAAGUCGGGAGAGUGAGAAUCAGGGUAGCCUGGAGGAUGCCAGCGAGAGUGAGAAUGAAUAUGGAACUUGGUCCCAUGAUGCUAUUAGCCAGCAGAAUGGCAACAGGGAUGAAGAUAAUUCUAGUCGUGAGCAAUCUCCUGACCUAGGUGAUACAGAGAGGGAAAGAGUUAGGCAUAUUGUCCGUGGAUGGAUGGAGACUGGAAUCCGGGACCACUCAUCUGGUGUUUCUCAGAGGAAUGGUGGUUCUAGAGGGGAAUGGCUUGGGGAAACUGAGCGUGAGAGGGUGAGAGUUGUCAGGGAGUGGGUCCAGAUGACAAGCCAGCAGAGAGGAGCUCGUGGUGCCCAUAGGGAGGAUGAGACCACUGCGAUUGGUGCUCAAGUUGAUCAAACUCGUGAAGGCUCAAUGGGUGACCAGGAGGAAGGUCAACCAGAGCACAUCCGCAGAGACAUGUUGAGGUUGCGUGGAAGACAAGCUCUACUUGAUUUGCUUGUCAGGAUUGAGAGGGAAAGACAGAGGGAACUUCAAGGUUUGUUGGAACAUCGAGCUGUAUCUGACUUUGCCCAUCGCAACCGAAUUCAGUCACUACUCAGGGGCAGAUUCCUGCGGAAUGAAAGGCCUGUUGAAGAAGAGAGACCACCUUCAGUGGCAGCUAGUGAAUUAGUUCAGUUGAGGCAAAGACACACAGUUUCUGGUUUGAGGGAAGGGUUUCGCUCCAGAUUAGAAACUAUAGUUCGAGGUCAUGUAAGCAGCCCUCAUGAAACCUCAUCUACUAAUAACAACAGUGAUUCUAGAAAUUAUUCGACUCAUUCAAAUCAUUCUCAGGAGGGUGAACAUGAGAGUCUCGAGGAGUCUCAUUCUGGGAGUAUGGAAAGCAACCUUCAUCACUUGCCAGGACGUACUGGAAAUUUAGAUGGUAGUGCAGCUGUCACUGGGAUGGAUCAGCAAGCAGUUCCUAAUCAAGGAAGGGAUAUUCAGGAACAGGUUACUGAAGAUGAGAGACAUAUCCAGCCUGAGAUGACCUUUAAUGAAUCUAAUGAAUGGAGAGAGAGCAUUUCAGAAAAUAUGGAUGCAAAUUGGCCUGGAAAUUCAAGAACUAAUUGGUCCCUCAGAACAGCAGGAAAUGAAGGUGGAGAUAAUCGUCGUUUUCAAGAAGCAAAUGAGGUUUGGCGUGAAGAUGGCUCUCGAGAAGCUGUAGAAAAUUGGUCCGAAGGACCUUCUGAUCCUCCAAGAAUGCGGCGUGCUGUUCCAUAUAGGAGACUUAGUAGGUUUCAUCCUCCUGAUGAUGAUAAUGUGUACAGCAUGGAACUCAGAGAGCUUUUGAGCAGGAGGAGUGUCUCUAAUCUUCUUCGCAGUGGCUUUCGGGAAAGUCUGGAUCAACUAAUUCAGUCAUAUGUGGAAAGGCAAGGACGCUCUCCAAUUGACUGGGAUCUGCAUAGGAACUUGCCAAUUCCUGCAUCUCCAGAGCAGAAUCUGGAACAGCAGGAUGACGAAAGAAAUGAUGAUCAAAAUGAUGUCAUUGGUAGACCUUCAAUAGUACUACCAUCUCCCCCAGUACCUCCUCCACAACCACUUUGGCAUCAGGAUUUGCAUCAUUCCAGUUGGCCUCGUCAAAGUGUGCAUCGCACUGAACUUGAGUGGGAGGUGAUUAAUGAUUUGAGGGCUGACAUGGCAAGACUUCAGCAAGGUAUGAAUCACAUGCAGAGAAUGUUGGAAGCUUGCAUGGAUAUGCAAUUGGAGUUGCAGCGCUCAGUCAGACAGGAAGUUUCGGCUGCUCUCAAUAGAUCGGCUGGUGGACAAGGGCUUACAGCGACCUCAGAGGAUGGGUCCAAAUGGGGUCAUGUCAGGAAGGGGACCUGCUGUGUCUGUUGUGAUAACCAGAUUGAUUCCCUAUUGUACAGAUGCGGGCACAUGUGUACAUGUUCAAAAUGUGCAAAUGAGUUGGUUCGAGGAGGAGGAAAGUGUCCAUUAUGCCGGGCACCUAUUGUUGAGGUGAUCCGAGCUUACUCUAUACUGUAAAAAAUAUAAUAGGAAUUAAUUGUUCCGAGUUAUAACAGUUUGAGGGAGCCAUUUAUCGGCCUGCUGCCUUUGCGGAGCUCUACAGGUUGUUAUCUGUGUUGUAGUUUGCACCGCCCUUCUGAUUAUUUGUGGAAUGCUCAGCAUUGUAUAGUUGGAAUGACAAAUGGCAUCUUCUUCUACUUCAUUCAUUCGUAAAUAAGAUAUAUUCUUUUAUA